GGAUAAAGUUCAUUAAAGAAAAAAAAAAAAGAAGGAAAAAAACUAGAUUAGAGAAUCAUAGAUCUUAAUCAACAUGACAAAAAGUGCAAAGAGAGAGAGUGGAGGGGUUCUUCUUUAUCCAUCUUUUACCUUUGUCAGUCCACAAAUUAAAAUAAAUUAAACAAAAACAUACACAAAUUCUCGUUCCCUCACUCCCUUUCUUUUUAAUCUCAUUCCUUCUUCCAAAACCAAACCAAACCUUCAUCAUCAUCUUCUUCAUCUUCAACCUUUCUCCACUAAAAUCACAAACCCAAUUCUCCAAAAUAAAACCAUGGAAAUCCUCUCUCAAUUAUGGUCUUUCUUGGGCCUUCUAACAGUCCUCCAAAACAUCCUCCCUUCCCAAUUCUUAUCUCUUCUCCAUUCUCUUUACGAAUCCCUUCAAGAUUUCUUCACCCCUUUCUCUUAUUUCGACAUCCCUGAAUUCAACGGCUACUGCUCCGUCGACCUCAACGAACUCUACCGCCACGUCACUCUCUACCUUAACUCCCUCCACAACUCCGCUGCCUGCCGCCGUCUCUCCCUCUCCCGUUCCAAAUCCUCCAACAGAAUCUCCUUCACCGUCGCCCCUAAUCACUCCGUUCACGUCACCUUCAACGGCCAACGCCUUUCCUGGACUCAUCAAGUCGAGACCGUUCAGGAUUCCUUGGAUGAGAAACGAAGCUUCUCUCUCAAAAUCCCCAAACGCCACCGUCAAGCUCUACUUCCUCUGUAUCUCGAUCACAUCACCGCCACCGCGGCGGAGUUUGAACGGACUUCCCGUGAACGUCGUCUCUUUACUAACAAUGGUAAUGCUAGUUCUUAUGAUUCUGGCUGGGUCUCUGUUCCGUUUCGACACCCUUCUACUUUUGAAACUCUGGCGCUUGAAACAGAGUUGAAGAAACAGAUUAUGGAUGAUUUAAAGGCGUUUGCCGCCGGAAGGGAGUUUUAUAGUAGAGUUGGCCGUGCUUGGAAACGAGGGUAUUUGCUUUAUGGACCUCCUGGAUCUGGGAAAUCGAGCUUGAUUGCAGCAAUGGCGAAUUUCCUCUGUUACGAUGUGUAUGAUUUGGAAUUGACGAAGGUUUCUGAUAAUUCUGAGCUUCGUUCGCUUCUUAUUCAGACGACGAACCGGUCGGUGAUUGUGAUUGAAGAUAUUGAUUGUUCGGUUGAUUUGACGGCGGAUCGUGUUUCGAAGGUGGCGGCGCGUGAGGAUCACGAGGAGGAGAUAGGACGCGUGACGUUGUCGGGGCUUUUGAAUUUUACGGAUGGACUUUGGUCUUGUUGUGGGGAGGAGAGAAUCGUUGUUUUCACAACGAAUUACCGGGAAAAGAUUGAUUCGGCGUUGAUCCGGUGCGGCCGGAUGGACGUGCAUGUGAGCCUCGGAACUUGUGGGCCGGCGGCGUUUCGGACCCUUGUGAAGAACUAUUUGGAGAUUGAAUCUCACCCGCUCUUUGACGUUGUUGAUAGCUGUAUAAGGUCCGGGGGUGGUCUGACGCCGGCGCAGAUAGGGGAGAUUUUACUUAGGAAUCGUCGGGAUGCUGACGUGGCGAUGAGGGAAGUUGUGGCAGCUUUGCAGGCGAGGGUUUUGGGUAGCGGUGGUGGACGAGGGGCGGCGGAAUAUGAAGAAAUAGUGAUGAGAUCGCCAGAGAGCGUUCUGGUGGUUGGGUCGCCGGAGAAUUGGGAUUCGUCGCCUGGGAAAUAUGUGGGGAAGAGGAGGAAAGAAGGGCCGGCGUCGGAGAAGAAAGUGAAUUUUUUAGUGAGACUGCGGUCAUUGACUAAGUCUGACUCUGGAAGAAGAGGUGUUUGACCUCCUCUUCUCAUUCUCAAUUUUUGUCUAUGCCCAUGUUUUUAUUCUGUGUUUAGGUUAAAUUACAAAUUUAGUCUCAAAUUUUCGAAUCUUGUCUUCAAAGUAGUAUCGAAGUGUUCAAUAAAAAUAAGAAUUUUUAAAUAA